CACUGCUGGGCACAGGUGGGUGACACUGAUGGGCAUAGGUGGGUGGCACUGACGGGCACAGGUGGGUGGCACUGAUGGGUAUAGGUGGGUGGCACUGCAGGGCACAGGUGGGUGGCACUGAUGGGCACAGGUGGGUGGCACUGAUGGGUACAGGUGGGUGGGCAAUGAUUAGUAAAAUCUUGGGUGUCAAGUUUGCUGUAUGCAAUUUUAAGGCCUGAAAAUAUUGGGUAUCUAAUACUUGGCAC